GAAGGUGGAAUUCAUCAUGAGUGACAGUGAGUAGUGUUACAAAUACAAUAGAAACAGAGUCGAGAAAUUAAUUUUAAAAUUUGUAGAAAAAAUGAAGGCGUGGUCUUACAAACAGUACGGUGGUCCGGAGGUGUUGAAGCUGGAAUCAGACGUGGCGGUUCCGGAGCUGAAGGAGGAUCAGGUCCUAAUCAAAGUGGUGGCGGCGGCGCUGAACCCCGUUGAUUACAAGAGGCGCGGCGGCGUUUUCGGCGCGUACGAUUCACCUCUUCCUAUUAUUCCCGGGUUCGAUGCUGCUGGAGUAGUGGUGAAAGUUGGGAGCAAAGUGUCGAGUUUCAAGGAAGGAGAUGAAGUGUAUGGAGACAUCAACGAUCCUUAUGCUGGAAUGAAGCAGUUGGGAACUCUUGCUGAAUACACCAUCACUGAAGAGAGAUUGUUGGCUCCCAAGCCCAAGAAUCUUAGUUUUGUGGACGCUGCUUCUCUCCCUCUCGCCAUUCAGACUGCCUACGGCGGCCUCGAAGCCGCCAAGUUUUCCGAGGGGAAAUCCAUCCUUGUUCUCGGAGGAGCCGGCGGUGUCGGAUCCCUCGUCAUUCAGCUUGCAAAGCAUGUCUUUGGUGCUUCACAUGUUGCUGCUACUUCCAGCACUCCCAAGUUGGACCUUUUGAAGUCUUUGGGAGCUGAUUUGGCUAUUGAUUAUACCCAACACAAUUUCGAGGAUUUGCCUCACAAAUAUAACUUGGUUUAUGACACUAUUGGCCAACCGGAUAAGGCGGUCAAGGUUCUCAAGGAAGGUGGUUCAGCCGUGGUCGUAGCUGUUGGGGUUGCCGUGGCGUCCCCUGCCUUUGCUUAUUCACUCAAUGCUAGCGGAGAAUAUUUGAAAAAAUUGAAUCCCUAUUUGGACAGUGGCAAAGUCAAGGCCGUGCUCGAUCCAAAAGGACCCUUCCCUUUCGACAAGGUCGACGAUGCUUUUGCGCAUAUUGAGACCAACCAUGCUACCGGAAAGGUCGUCGUGCAUCCCAUUGCUUAGAAUUUUGGAACUACUUCUACUACUAUUAUGUCUUCUUCUCGUGUGUUCAAUAAAAAGAAAAAAAAACUCUAUAUGUUGUUUUCUUUACUUUUUUGUUGUAACAAGUUCUACUGCGGUUCCAGUAAUAACACUUUUGUUUUUUCCCGAGUA